CUGCUUCCGUUCACUCACAAAGUCGGGGGUCAUGUCUCCAUGUUCCGCUUAGCUUCCAAUGGAGCGAUCUGUAAAGCGGUAACGGGAACGAGGGAACGCAACUUUUACGAAGCACUGCAACGACUACCCCAUAUGUUGUCAUUUAUUCCGCAGUAUAUGGGCGUCGUUCGAGUAUCUUACAAUAACAAAAACAAGCCGGAAAUUGCACUGGAACAAGACAGACGGCGACUGAGACGGCAGGCCUCUUUACGACGAACCUACGGCGCCUCGGAACCUUACUACGAUGAUCGGUCGACGUCCCAUCCGGUGAUUGAUCUGGCAUUGACGGUGGAUGAUGCGAUUCCUCCUUCGAACGACCGGCCGAUUGCGGAAGAAUUUGUGGUGAUUGAAGAUUUAACGUUGGGGAUUCAAAAACCGUGCGUGCUGGAUCUCAAGUUGGGAACUCGACAGCACGGUGUGUAUGCAUCACCUGCCAAGGAAGCAAGUCAAACUUUGAAAUGUGAACGAUCCACCAGCCGACAAUUGGGCGUGCGGAUGUGCGGUAUGCAGGUUUACAAAACGGAGGGGUACGAGAUACAAGACAAAUACAUUGGACGAAAUUUGACACCACAAUCGUUUGAAGAACUAUUAUUAAAUUUUCUUCAUGAUGGGACACGGGUUCUUUUGGAUUUGAUUCCCGACCUUGUCCGGAAACUGCGACGGUUGGCGCAGGUGAUUGGUUCCAUGCGAGGCUACCGAUUUUUUGGAUCGAGUUUGCUCAUGAUUUAUGAUGGCGCCAACAGUUCUCGA